AGCCGCCCAGGGGCCGCCCGGCGCUCGUCCCGCUGAGGCGCGGGGCGUUCCCGACAGACCCCGCCGGUGGUCGCUCACGCUCGGGCGGUAGUUUGCGUAUCGAGCAGUUAUUAUCCUGGUUACCAACCAGUACUUCAUGUGUCAGAAUUCUUCACUUUGAACUUUUAAUAAAGCAGUGCACCUGAGAAGAUGUCCAGUACAGAUCCCCUAACAAAUGCAGAUAAAAAGACCAUUAUGGGCCCUCAUGGAAUCAACCGAGCUGUUCACCGCAUUUCUUUUUCUGAUUGUCAAAAUGGAUUAGGAGUUAAAAUUAUUGGAGGUUAUCGGGCACAAACAGCAGAAGAUUAUGGGAUUUUCAUAAAGAGAAUUCUACCUGGAGGGGUUGCUGCUGUAGAUAGCCGUUUGCUCACUGGUGACCUAAUUUUAGAUGUGAAUGGAGAAAACCUAAGUGGAGUAACCAAUGAAAGGGCUGUUGAUAUCUUGCGAACAGCAUCAGCAUCUAAUCACAUGUCUCUGCUAGUUGCUAGAGAUGAAGAAGCAAAGAAAGAAUUUCUUGACCUGAUGGAUAAGUAUGGCUCUCACAGUGACACUAACUCUUCAAGAAGUUCUCCAACACAACUUUUACCUGCAAAAUCUAUAGACAGCCCUUCUUCUGGGUCAUCCUCAAGGUCACAGAGUCCUCAGUUGCAUCCGAAGGAUAAUGUCACCACAGUGAACAGAAACAAUUCUGUCCCAGCAUCAUCCACAAAGCUUGCAAAGGAUAGUGCAUUUCAGAUGAUCUCUGUUUGCAAAGGAACAAGCCUAGGUUUGAAUAUCGUAGGAGGCAUUAACAGAAAUGAAGGGCCUUUGGUGUAUAUUCAAGAAAUUAUCCCUGGUGGUGAUUGUCAUAAGGAUGGACGGUUGAAACCUGGAGAUCAACUUGUAUCCAUAAACAAAGAGUCAAUGAUUGGUGUCUCCUAUGAAGAGGCAAAAAGUAUAAUCAACAGAACAAAGAUGAGAUUUGAAAGUUGUUGGGAGAUAGCUUUUAUUAGACAGAAAAACAUCCCCAGUUAUUCAGAGAAUCUGGAGCGUCCUUCCAGCCUCUUAACGCCUUCAGUAGCAUAUGGAGAGCAACAGGCUGCAGUACUUAGUUCUGUUGCAUCUCCUAAUGAGAAGCUUGUUUCAACAUCCACUCCAAAUGCUAUGGAAGCUGGAGUCAAGAUGGGAGAGCAAUCUCCAGUUACUUCUCUAGACAGCAUUCCCACUGAUGUGCCUGCAACAGUUAUUGCCCCCAGCCAGAAUGAUGAUUAUGACCUGCAAAGAAAGAACUCUGCUGUUCGUCUCAAAGCUGAAAAGCUGGAAAGGGCAUUGAAUUAUCUUGGGAUUCAGCCCACAGAUGAGCAGCAGCAAGCCCUAAGGCAGCAACUUCAGAAAGAUUCUAAAGGAACAGUCUCUUUUGGAGAUUUUGUUGAAGUUUCAAGGAAUCUGUUGCAACUGAAUGCAACAGACAACACAACAUUUGGGGUCAAUGAAUUUGCCAGUUUACUGGAUUCCCAGUUUGUAACCUGUGAUGCUUUGGAAGAUGACAUGGAAAGACUUAAGAAAGAAAGAAAUGAAGCUUUAAAAGAAAUAAGUAAAUUAAAGGAAGAAUUGUCUGAAUCUGUGAAUUUGCAGAAACAGUUAACAGAGGAGCUACAAACAGUCAAACAAGAAGCCAAGGCAGCUGUAGAAGAGACAAGAGCACUGCGAAGUAGGAUUCACCUUGCAGAAGCCGCACAAAGGCAGGCUCGUGGAAUGGAGAUGGACUAUGAAGAAGUAAUUCGCCUAUUAGAAGCUGAAAUUGUAGAGCUGAAGGCUCAGCUCGCUGAUCACUCUGGCCAAAAUAAAGAUAACAUGCAAGACUUGAGAAAGAGAGUUACAGUGCUUGACUGUCAGCUGCGGAAAUCAGAAUCAGCUAGGAAGACCUUUGAGGUGGCUACUGAAAAGUUGCUACAAUUUAUAGAGGUUGUUCAUGAAGUACUUUCAGAUAACUCUCCUUCCUCAACGGUUUUAAGUGACAGAAGAACAGCAUUGUCUACCAAAGCACUUCUUGCACGGAUGGGAAGGAUUGGACCUACUGUCACAACAGCUCUUGCAGCAGAAGCUAGAGACCUUGCCAAGUCUGUCCGUGCCAUCUUGGAAGUAGACAGUGAGUGUCUGCCUUAUGGAUGGGAAGAAGCUUAUACAGCAGAUGGAAUCAAGUACUUUAUCAACCACGUCACCCAAACAACGUCAUGGGUCCACCCUGUAACAAGCGCACUGAGUUUGCUUUGCUCUGAGGAUGACGACGAUGGAAUGAGAGAGCUUCCCAGGUCCCAGAGCUGAAGCCAUCUCUCAACAGAAAGCAGUUUGUCUAAUUUCAGUACAUUAGUGAAGACUGGCACACUUUUUUAACCUAAGUAUUUUCUAGUCUAGUAUAAUAGCACCUGAGGACAUUUCUCCCCUUCAAGCCAGAGGGAGUCCUGCCAUUUUUAAGGAGAGUUUAUUGAUGAGUGCCACAAAAGGUGGAGGCAUUCUCUUCAGUCCUAAGCCUGUCUCAGUGCAGUGUACAGGGAUCGGUCUUUUCCUAAGGCUUGAUCCAGUCUUUUCAUGGCCUCUUCAUUGGCCCAACUGACCUGAAAUGGAAUUUUCACAGCUUUGACCAGUGUGAGUUAAGAUGGAACCAUUGGUUGUAAUUUCACAUUAGAUACCACCUGAUGGUUGACUGAAAGGUGCAAAGUGAGGUACUGUGUUUUUUUUAACCAGUGCUGGUGAGUGUAAUGUAGAUGGCUUUAACUACUGAAAAAUGUCAUUUUUUUAUGGAAGAAAUUUGCAAAUAACUUUUACUAAUAGAAAUGUAGCAAUUUAUGGCAAGUAUUGGAGCCCUGAUGACUUUUCAAACAAAUACUUACUAAGAUUGGUGGUUAGGCUUUAGGAGAAUGAGCCUUUGAGAAGUUGACAAGUUAGAAGAAACAGUUUUGGUAGAGGAGACCAUACUCUGUCAACAAUGUGAGGCAAGAAUGAAAAUUAUUCUACUUUAGUACUCUGCUAAACCGAUACACACAUGCAUCAAAUACUUCAGUGGAAGCUGUGAAGUUUCAAGUACAAUGAAACCUGUGAAACCACCUCCAGGAUCAGCAGAAAUCAGUCACCUCCUCAAAGCUGGUCUUUAAGUAGAACAAAAUCAUUUUGUACAUAUUGGUGAGGAUUUAAAGAGGAUAACGAAAAUGAUGGAGGGUGCUAGUGCAAGCUAAUGAACAGGUUUCACUGUACCUCAGUAGCACAGGAUAUUUUAAAUCUCAUUAGUCACAGCAUGAUGUCAUCUUUGUGAAAUAUGUGAUUCUAUGCUAUGUUUUUCUGGAGGCUUUUUAUAUGUGUGUGUAUGUAUAUAAUAUGUAUGGUAGGUGUCGACUAAUGAAUGAAAGACAGACCUGAAACUUUGCAGAAGCACUGAUGGAUAUACCAAAGGAAAACUAUCCCUGACCUUUAGUCCAAGAAGGAGAACAGGACUGUAACAAUGUGAGGAAGGCACAGGCUACAAGCUGUAUUUUUCUGAGCAGCACACGAAGGACUUCAGAACCUCCCUGGAAAGGUUCAGGUACAGCUUUGCACUCCAGCUCACCUCUGUUGGCCAACACAAAUCAGGCUGUGCAAUCACAUUCUUUUGAAAUCUGCCUCCAGUAAGUAAAUGCUUGUACUCUAUGGAGUAGAUGUAAAGACUUAAUUGCAGUUCUGAUGCUUAUGCCACACUCUCUGUCCUUACAGAGAGUCCUCCAGCGUUACAGAGCCAAGUCAGGCACACUGUAGCUGCUGAUCCUUUAGAAUCAAAAAUAAUAUACCCUUUUUUAAAGAUCCAAGUCUCUUCUUUGACUAGCAAUGCAACAAUCUACUGGAUUUUACCUGUGAACUGUGGAGCACAGCAGCAAAUGGUCUUCCUGGAGGAACAAUGUGCACCUCACAAAAAAGUUUUUGCAGGCUUUGCUGGAAGUAGGUGUCAGGGAAUCUUGAAUAAGCAAAUAGGAGAAAAGUUGUUUUGUACUUUUAACUAGGUCAGAACCAAAUUAUCCACGAAUCUACACAGGUGGUGUGGAUUAGGAAAAAGAGCUUGCUCAGCAGACCCACAGUAACUUGUAUUUCUAAGAAAACUUGUCAUAGCAAUAACACAGAAAUGCUGUAGCCAUAUAUUGCUCCAGUGGCUCUUAAUUGCUUCACAGCCUCCUUUGUGUUCCCAGAGAAUACAGUUUGAAGGGACAGAGCAUGUUCUUCAGUUUCAGGGUCAGGCACUGUAGGAGCAUUUUUAUUUAUGCCCCUCUUCUGAAAAUGGCACAUACUCAUGACCCAGAGAGGGGAAAUAAUGUUCUGAAUUCCUUGCAGUAUUUACUGUAGCCUUAGUAGUCCUUUGGAUGCUUUAUGGCAGGCACUUUCAAUUCAUACUUCCCUACUGUCUAGAUUGCAUAUAGGUUCCAGUUUUCCAGUUCUGUUACCAAGAGAGGUUUGCAUCUCCACUUGACCCUUACAGUCUUGAUUUAUUCUGCUCGUGGCUUUGUGACAGCUAGCUGGAGUGGUUCAAACAGGAGAAGCUGUUUAGGGACAGAGACUAUGGAUCAAGCAGGCUGCACGAGCAGAGGCUUUCUAGAGACCCGAGAGCAAUUUAAAGCUGUCCUUCUGCUGGAUCAGCUGGAGGAGGGCAGCUAGGCAAAUCCAGCUUGCCCUUCCUGGGGAGCUGGUAAUGCUCUCUGGCUCUGAGCACGCAGUGCCCAUCCUGCUGUGCACGAGAGGGGGAGAAAUUGAGACCGAAUGUUGGCGAGCUGCCUGCUCUGCUUAACUGUCUCCACCCACAGAUGAGAACAUUUCAGAAACUUGGAGACUGUUUCUCCCUCUCUCUUAUAAAUUUGCCUAGAAAUUAAAGGCGUUAGAAAUAGAUCUCUGCAUCUAUCUAGCUGCUUCUCCAGUAAGCAUUACCUCUUCAGAUAAUCCUCUAGUUCAAAUUCUCUGUUAUUGAGACUACAUUUUCAUACCUACAAUCUGCAAAUGUUCUAAUCUAUUUUUGUACACUGGCAUGCUUGUUUCCUAGGUUAUUCCUCUCUAACUCCCCUUGUCUCUUCCUUUCUGUGAAAUAAGUUUGUGGAAUUAUUUUGAUUAAGCUGAACUGUGUAUAUUGAUAAAAUGCUCCUAGGAUGACUUGAGAAGAAUUUGUAAAGAGUAGUUGUCAAA